UUCGGGUUUGGGUCCGGGUUCGGGUUCAGAGGGUGGAGGACUGAAUGUUGACGUUAGCGAGGAGCUUCCUGCUCUGGAUGUUUCUCUCCAGCAGGAAGGAGCUGCAGACGGAAACAUCCGGAUUCCUCCAGGAAACUUCCUGUCCUCUGGGAGGGAAACGCUGCAAACUAGAACCGGGCUGAGGUUCUGGAGGUUCUACGGAUGGUUCUGAUUAGCCGGUUCAGUGAGCAGCAUUAUUCAAGCUCUGCAGCUCAGACAUCAUGGGAUGUUUGGUGGUGUGGUUGCCAUAGCGACAGUGGGAGGGAAGCUGGGCCCGGUUACAGGAAGCGGGUCGGGUCCACGCUGCGGCUGACCCACUUCCCCCUUUCUGACUUCACUUCCUGCCACGGUACCAAGAGGUCCGACAGGCAGCCGGGCCGGACCGGAGCAGCACCAUGGAGGACUGGGGCAGCCCUGCAGCUGAGCGGGAGCGUCCAGCGGACCGUCCCCCGGACCAGCCCGGCCCGGAGGUUCUGGAGGUUCUGACCAACGGCCUGAAACCGGACCUGCAGGCGGCCCGGCGCCUCGCCAAGCGGCUCUACGCUCUGGACGGGUUCCGCAAGUCCGACGUAGCGCCACACCUCAGCAAGAAUAACGACUUCAGCCAGAUGGUGGCGCAGGAGUACCUGGAGCACUUCAACUUCAGCGGCAUGAACAUCGACCAGGCGCUCAGGACGUUUCUGACCCGAUUUGCUCUGAUGGGAGAAACCCAGGAGAGAGAGAGAGUCCUCGCUCACUUCUCCAGGAGAUACAGGCAGUGUAACCCUGAGACGAUGUCCACUGAAGGCAGCAUCCACACCCUGACCUGCGCCGUCAUGCUGUUGAACACGGAUCUCCAUGGAAACAACGUGGGGAAGAGGAUGUCCUGCAGCCAGUUCAUCUCCAACCUGGAGGGACUGAACGACGGGAAGGACUUCCCCAAAGACCUGCUCAAGACGCUGUACAGCUCCAUCAGGAACGAGAAGCUGCAGUGGACCAUUGAUGAAGAGGAGCUGAGGAAGUCUGUGUCGGAGCUGGCCGACGCCCGCACCGACUCCGCCUCCCAGACCAUGCGGCGCGUCGCCGGUGGCAACCCGCUGGUGGGCGUGGCCCAGCAGGCCGACGGCGAACUCUACAAGAGCGGCUUCCUGGUGAGGAAGGUCCACGCCGACCCGGACGGGAAGAGAACUCCGCGGGGGAAGAGAGGCUGGAAAACCUUCUACGCCAUGCUGAAGGGUCUGGUCCUCUACCUGCAGAAGGACGAGUACCGGACGGAGCGAGAGCCGACGGAGGACGACGUGAAGAACGCCGUGUCCGUCCACCACGCCCUGGCCAUGAGGGCCGCCGACUACCGCAAGAGACCCAACGUCUUCUACCUGAGGACGGCCGACUGGAGGGUCUUCCUGCUGCAAGCGCCGAGCGCUGAGCAGAUGCAGUCCUGGAUCACCAGGAUCAACGCCGUGGCGGCCAUGUUCUCUGCUCCUCCGUUCCCGGCCGCCAUCGGCUCCCAGAAACGCUUCAGCCGCCCGCUGCUGCCCGGGUCCAACACCAAGCUGACGCAGGACGAGCAGCUCCAGGCCCAUGAGAACCGGUUCCGGGCGGUUUCCUCAGAGCUGACGGAGCUCGCCGCCGCCACGCCCGACCGCAGGGUCAAAGGUCGUGAGCAGGAGGAGCAGAAGCUGCGGCGGGAGUACCUGGAGUUCGAGAAGACGCGGUACGGGACGUACGCCAUGCUGCUGCGGGCCAAGAUGGCGGAUGGCAGCGCCGACCUGGCCGCCUUCGAGGCGCGGCUGUGCGGCGACGGCGGCCUGCAGAGGGCGCACUCCAGCCCCUCGCUGCCCCAAGACGCCGCUGCCGCCCGGGACAAGAGCCGCGGCGCUAAGACGUCCCGCAGCCUGAAGGCCUCGCCAUCCUCCUCCUCAUCUUCGGUGACGAAGAGCAGCGCCAAGGAGGGGGCGGGGCCAAAGAACGGCCAGAGGGCGGAGCUUCAGAAGCAGAGCAGCAAGCAGGAGGAGGCGGCGUAACGUUCAGGCGCAGUCGGACAAAACGCUGAGGCACUUUGCUCCCGGUGAGACAUUCGAGGUCGGCAGGAAAACAGACGCUCUUUCAGGAAGCACUUCCAGCCGCCGGCCUUUCACAAUAAGAGCUUUAUUUCCUGUUAGUCAUUUCAGGGCAGCAAGCUGAGAGCGGUGCGUUCAGGGUCACCAACACAUCAUAGGAAAUUAUAGUUGCAUCGUCUCAGAUGGAAUCUGAGAGGAAACAACCAGAACCUCCAGAACUGCUGGACCAGAACCGUCACGUCUCCUUCCUUCAGGUUCUGCUGGAGACAAACAGGAGGUACGGAGAACCAUUAGGGACAAAAAACUGAUCCCCAUGUAACCUGCAGAUCAGUCCAAACUGAUGCAGAACCUCUGGUUCUGGACCCGGUUCAGAGCAAAAAUGAUCCAGGUGUGAAAUUCAUUCACAGAAUUUAAAUUGAAUCCUGAAUUCAGGAACUGAGGAACCAAAGAUCCUCUGUGCUGGAAGAUGUGUCACUCCUGUUUUUAUUUGACCAGAUUCUGUGUGUGUGUGUGUGUGUGUGUGUGUGUGUGUGUGUGUGUGUGUGUGUUCAUCAGAACCAGGCUGUAGUUCUCUGUUGCUGCCACUGGGGGGGCGACAGUCAGAACCAGAACCAUUUGGUACUGGAUCUCUGCUGAGGAGGGUCCGAUGUUUUAGGCAGAAGAACCAGGAAAGCUCACUGAACUGAUCCAGUUCAGAACCCGAUCAGAACCAGAAGUUAAAACGUCAGAAUGAAGGUUUUCUGCUGUUAACGGACCGGUUCUGAUCCGUCUCCAGCUGGCAGCAGAGGGAACCGGAUCAGAACCAAACUGUUAGAGAGUCGGGUUCUUUUCUCCCCUGACCCAUCAGAACCAAACUGGGUUCUGUUCGGAUUCCGACUGGAUCAGUACCUGAGGAUUGGUGACACCAGGAACUGUCCAGAACCGGGUCACAGAGGUACCACCGGAGCCGGUCUGGUUCUGGAACUUUCUGGUUCUGUUGGACCAACCCGUCCUCUUCCUCAGGCUGCAGAUGAAGACCUGGACCGGUUCUGGUUGGUCCAGAGCAAACAGAACCACUUCAGCUUCUGGUUCCGUGUAAAUAAGGUGGACCGGAUCCGUCCGGACCUCAGAACUCUGUUGUAAAUACAGUUGGACCUUCAGAACCGGAAGAAGCCAUACAGCCGCACUUUGCUUUGAGUUGGAACCGGGUCAGAUCGGACCGGACCGGACCUGUACAGACGUCACUUCCUGUCUCGAUCCGUAGAGCAAAAUAAAAACAUGGACCGGAACCGAA